UUAUAUAAAUCCGAAACCAUGAACUAGACUGGAUAUUUCGUAUAAGUUACUGGUAGGUGAGACUUCAUAAAAAUCAAUAUGAUUACAAAAACUAUAUUUCUGUUGAGUUUAGUUUGUUUCAGUAAAUGUGCCUUCAUUGACACUUUAAAAAAAUGUCAUAUCCAAAACGAUGACGCUUGCUGUAAGAUCAACUUAUUGAAAAUAUUGAAGGUUUUAAGCAAGACUGGUCUCCCCGAAUAUGACAUUCCACCUCUAGACCCUCUCCACCUCACGAAUGUGUCGAUUUCUAUCUUGAACGUGUUGGAUCUCACUUUUAUCGACGGUAUCGUAAAAGGAUUUAAAAAUUGCAUUGUGAAUGAGCACGAAAUAAAUUUUGAGACAAAACGCGGCCAUUUGGACCUCAAUUGUGACGUCACAGCCAAAGGCCGGUACAAAGCGUCGUCAUCAGGGGAUAUUGUGAUGAGUUUGUUUGGAGAAGAAUCUAUUCACGGCGAUGGCAAUGGGAAGGUGAAAAUAGAAAAAUUACAUAUCUCAUUUGAUUUCCCCUUUACACUGGAAAAUCGAAAUGGCGAAAUUUACAUGAUAGACAAAUCGGACAAACUAAAUUAUAAAUAUGAAAUCCUGGGGAACAUGCAGUUUGCAGCAGAUGGCCUAUACUUAGGGAAUGUUGAGUCAAGCAAAAUUAUCACAGAUUUCUUGAACCAGAAUUGGGAGCCAUUGUUCGAUACCUUCGGCAGCGACAUCAUGGAUAGAGCUGUGGAGAUCGUGCAUCAGUUUAUGAUGAAUUUCUAUAAAAACGUGCCUACAAGAUAUUUCAUUGUGGAAGAUUUGACGCCAUUUGUGGGCAAUUAGUGUGUUAAAAAUUGUAGUUUGUCCUAACAUUGUGGGAAUUUAUUUUUAAGUUAGAUUAAGCUCGUAUUUUAGAAAUUUUCAAAUAAAGUAUCUAUAACUUUAAAUAUUUAUAAAUAAAUAUUGAUAAAACUUU